AUGGGGUCCAAGUCAUCACACCCAAUGAACAAGCCAUCUCAAAUCGGAGAGUCAAUAACAAUUCAACAAGAACAGUCAACUAGAGAAGAAAGUUGGAUUAUUUUGGGAACAGCUGAUAGUGGAACUUCAACGUUUUAUUAUAUGAUUGAACGUAUUUUGAGUAAUAAUCGACACUAUUCGAAUCGAAAUGAGUUUAACCAUGAUUUACAAUUAGUUUGCUUCUUGAUGAUUAAAAAUUUGUGGACUAUUUUGGAAAGUGAAAGGAGUAGAAUAAUCGACUUGAUUCCAAAGAGUUUCGGACCAUGUUUGGAGAAUUUGAAUGAUAAAUCAAAUAUUGAUCAAUCACAAAUUUCAGAAUUUGAUUAUUGUGAAUUAUUGAUGUAUAUUUGGAAUAUUCCAUUCUUUAGAGAUUUAUUCGAAACUAAAUGGAAUGCUAUUAGUCCUAACAUUUCCGAAAAUUUCAAAGAUCCCAACAUUAAUUAUUACCAUGUAUUGAGCUUAUUAAUUUUGGAAAAUUUAGAAGAAUUAAUUUCCAGAAUCAAAUCAAAAACCGAAUUCUUUCCUUUGGCUCUAUCCUAUGAAAUUACAAAGGGAGUACGAGAGUUCAGAUACAAUAAUAUACUUGUUAAGAAUGCUGGAGGAUCUAGAGGUCAAAGAAAGAAAUGGUUGUGUUGUUUCAAUAAUCAAUCAAUUGCCAUUUUUAUAAUAUCACUUGCAGAGCUAGAUCAAUACACAGUUGAGGACACACAAACAUUGAGGAUACAAGAGUCGAAACUGUUGAUGGAAGAGUUGAUAAAUACGCGUUUUUUAAAAACAGCAAGGAAAAUUGUAAUCUUUACAAAACCAGAUAUUCUAAUUAAGAAAUUGCAAAAAGGACAUUCCAUUCAUUUGGGAAAUUACAAAAUGAGACCUGAAUUUAAAGAAAUUAUUAAUAAGCAUGAGCUGAAGAAGGUUGUAAACUCAAUAGUUUCUCAUUAUUUGAAUUUCGAAAAUGAGAUUGAAUUUAAAAAGAUUCAUUCCUUUCAUAUUGUGAAUACGACAGAAUUGGAAGAAGUGAAUUGUGUAAUGGAGAGAAUAUUGGAUCAUAAUUCGAAAAAUGCAUUCAUUUCUCCUUGUCUCUUGCAUGGCUAUAGGAAACCCGAACAGUUUGAAAGAGAAAUGCAGGAGAGAUUAUUUUGGAAAUGUAGAGAACAAAGAUUAUCAGAUAUAAGGGUUUUAACUUGA